UUGGACACAUGGUCAGGAUUGCUGUGUUUGGUUUAUGUGGCAAGAUUUGGUAGAGGAAGAGGGGGUGUGUGUGUGUGUGUGUGUGUGUAUAAGGAAGGCCUUUGUGAGGAGAUUUCAGAAGUUGUUCCAAGUGAGAAAGAGAUAAGGAUCAAAUUCUUGGCUGGGAUGGCCCAGUGAUUUAAAUUUAGGGUGAGAAUGAUGUUGAUAACAGACCGAUGUUUCAGUUGAUGCUGAGCAGUGCUUACACCAAGCCAAGGACUUUUCUGCUCUCAGACCGCCCCGCCAGCAGAGUCAUUUCCGGCAGCUCUGUCAUCUUGGGGCUGGCAGGUGGUUUUCUGACUCUUUCUCACUCAGCAAACAGGAGGGUCGGUCUCAGCAUGCACCGCACCUAUCUCGUCCUCACUGCCUUCCUGGGACAACUGCUGGAUGCCGUGGGGCAGACCAUCGUCACCCAGCAAGAAGGACAGGUCACAGUGGAGGAGAGAAACACCUUCCAGACCACCUGCACAUACCAAACGCCUAGCUUUAAUGGUUUGUUUUGGUACGAGCAGAAGAAAGGCCAAGCCCCCCAGCUGGUCACAUAUCAAGCAGCAGCAGGCCACAAGCAGAACGGCCGCUUCACCACGUGGCUCAACACCACUGGGAAAUACAGCCUCCUGCAGCUGGCAGAAGUCGAGCUCUCUGACAGCGCCUUGUACCUCUGUGCUGUGCAGGACACCGUGGUGCAGGGAGCUUCCUUGGCUGUGCAACAACCCCGGGGAGGGAGGGGGUGUGUCUGUGCAAGGCGGAGCUCUGGGGAAGGGGCCCUCAGCUCUCCCUUGGCAGCGCUGCUUCCCCUGUACACAGUGAGAUCUGCAGGUUAGCAUUCUCUUUCAGAAGGAACUGAUGUCACUGGCUUGAGAGCCAUGAACCUCUUUCAUCACUUUUCUAACCUGGAAUUCCUCCUGGACAUACACUCCUGGACAAUACAGCUUUUCCAUGGGCUGUGCAGAGAACACUUGUUCCAUUAUGAUUUGUGUGCUCUGCUGUGCACUGAGGGUUUUAAGCAACUGGUCUGAAACUCACCUGAGCUUUGCUGUCAUGUGCAGAAUGCUUCUCUGUCCUCUGAUUUUUGCCCAAAGCCCUGGCAGGGUGAACCUUCCGUGAGUGGCUCUUUGUGGAGAGCUCAACAGUGGUGGUACACAGCUUCAGUAAGAACUUCCUUCCCUAAGCUCCAUGUGGAAAUCUCAGAGUUGGGAGGAGCACUGGAGAUGAUGCCUGGUUUUCUAGUAGUAAUCCUUCGUCAGGAAUGCUUUCCUCAUGGCGAAAGGCUCCCGUGAGUCCUCACCUUAUCAUCUGCAGUCCAGGGCUGCCCUUCAUUCCUAGCAACUUGAGGAAAACCUUGAACAGGAUCACAUGGAGGCAGAGGCUGGGAUGCAAAAUACAUUAAUGACUCUGUAGAGGGAAACGAGUUUUCUUCCAAAGGGAGAUGCUGUGCUGGCGCCAUCAGAGAUUCCAUCAGACAUCCAUCUGUCAGUGCCAUAGAGUGAGAAAUGGCAGCAUAUCAUCCAGACUGGCUAUGGGGAUUUGUACACCCAGAAGAAGGGAAUACAAGGAAAAGCAAAAAGAGUAAAAGAUGGGGAACUUAGCAUUCAGCAUGGGGGGCUCUUUCUGGUAUAGCAGUGUCUGGAAAUGCAGGAGAGGUCAAAGCACCCGGAGGAGAUGGAGGCUCCAUCACAGUUGAGGAUGCUGUUAAUUGCAGUAGAGGUGGAGGAUCCCACAGUGGAGUUCUGCAGGUAAGAGCUGAGGAUAAGGCCAAGCAGGCCCACUGUAAUGGGAAGGGUUUUAAUGAUGACAGUAGAGUUUUUCCCCUGCCUGACACAGGAUUACUUGCAGCUGUUGGCUGGUGAGGUCAUGCCAUAGGAUGGGCAUGGCAGGCACUGGUCAUAGCGGGGCAGGUCUCAGAGAGGUAAGAGGGUUUCUUGGCUUCAUCCAGACAGGACCCAUUUUUAAAAUACAUUGGCCCUGCACUGCCCUUGGCCUGGGGUUAGUAUCUACAGGUGUGACCAUUCUCUGCAGUGCGUGUAAUGGAUGGAAAACAUCCCAGCUAAUGAUAUGGGCUGUGUGGCUGUUUCCACUUACACUACCUUUUCAUUUUCUGGAUUUUGUUACACCCAUUCCCUCAUGGAAGCUUCUUCUGAGUGUUAGCAUUGAGAGUCCCCGGGAUUUCUAGAGCAGGUAUGAGACAGAAGAAAAAAAGUCAGCAACAAGAAAAAUUUUGUACUUCCAAGACUGUAAUUUGUGGCUCACUUCCAGGAAUGUUCAUGAGGUAAAGAAUGGCUGAAUGAAUGCCUGGAGAAGGAUGGACAAUUCUUUCUGUACCUGUCUCUGUGGAAGAAGUGAAGGAGAAUGGAGCUGAAGAGAGAUUGCUACCAGCAGUGAUCAGCAGAGGCCAUGAGAAGACCCCAUAAGCCAGGAGAAAACAUCCUGUUUGAAGUCUGCUGCUGCUCUUAAUGAGCUAUCAAACCUCACUCUGGCGUCAUCUCCUUCUGAAAGCACAGAGCCAUGGCAAAGGAGAAUGUGACUUCUGUGACUGAAUUGACUCUCCUGGGCUAAACGGAUCAUUCCAGGUGUCACACAGUCCUGUUUGUCAUUAUCUCCUCCGUGUCUCCCCUAAUCCUGGUCUCACCUUUGUCACAGCGGGGAGUGAUCAGUACAUGUGGAUCUCAACCGUUUCCUUCUUACCUGAGUACAGACUGGGUACCGGGAAUAUCCCUGUCAAUUUCUACUGUGAGGAUGGCCCUCUUCUGAGGCUGGCCUGUGGGGGUACAGUCAGGCUUUACCCUUGGCUUCAGGGUUCCUGUCCCCAUCCUCCAAGGUGCUCUGCUUUUCAUGAUAGUUUCCUACAUCAGCAUCACCUCCACAGUUCUCUCUAUUCCCUCUAAUCUCACUCAUCAAAAGGCAUUCUUCACCUGUCCCUCCUAUCUCAGCAUGGUUCCCUCUACCAGAGGCCAAGGCCAAAUCCAACACUAGCCUACCUGAAAGCUCCAUCCAUUGAAUGCCCUGGGCCUACAAGGAGCCUGGCAGGGCAGGAGGAGAGCAGUAGGUCAAACCAUAGAGUCGUACACCAGCAACAGAGUGAGGGGAGGGCUGUGCUGUUGUGUAGAGACCCUUGGCCAGGGAGCAGGCCAGAGCUAUUCUUCAUGGUUACACUGGGCUUUGGUGGACUUGGUUCUGAUGUUCAUUGUCUUGUGAUCCCACCUGAGCCAGCACUGCCUGACACAAAAGCUGGCCUGACGAGAAGUGCUGCCAUCCUCAUAAUAUGUAGAAAUGAUUUUCCAUGCCUUUGUUGUGCUGCUGGCAUCACACAGAAUCUGGGUGAAAGCAAAGCCCCCACAAAAGAGAUCCGCAGAGUGUGAUGAUGUGUGAAGACCCUGGUGUCUGUUUUGGGGAGCAGCGAUACCGUGUGGAACAGAAGGACUAUUUCAGCCCCAGGGCUCAGGGUAUAGCAAAGGAUCUUGGUGCCUGGGGAAAGACAGCCCAGUAUGAGUCCUGUAUUUAGGCUGGUGCAUGCCCUGCAUGACUGGGGGAAGCACAAAGAUCCUGUUGAGUGCUGAAACAUGUUACACUCUUGCUGCUGUGUCCCAGUGGACCUGGGGAUAUCUGUUCUCACAUGAGGUCUUCAGUGGAGGAGGGUCAGGCUGGGGCGCUUUGAGGAUCUUCCAGCUCCUGAGCCUGAGGAUAACCACUACAUGCUUGGGGAAGAUGUGACACCACCGAGAAGCUGUCAGUGUUUCAGCAUGAGUCACUCUCCUGGGCCUUCCUGCACCCAUGGCAUUGUUGAGUUCAGAGGGACUGGGGACCUCAAUGUGUGGCCUUCUGUAGCUGGUAGCAAUACGGACCUGUAGAAGCCCUCAACCUUAGGCAACUUGGCAAAAGUAGGGCCAGGCCAGGAGCUCUGCAGAAGGCUGCUAGGACCACACAGGGAAGCUGUACCCUCAGUGACAGGUGAGCAGAAGGGAUGGAAAAGUGGAAUAGAGACUGAGGGCCGUCCCCAUGCCUUCCCAGUUCUUGAUGGCCUUGGGGAACAUCUUUCUCUGCGUCUCCUUCCCCGGCACUGCUCUUCCCAAAGCCAGAAGAACAGAUUUCCCCAGAGUCUGUGGGAGUUCUGGCUUCCCUGGGCCUCCCCCAUGCACAGAGACCCUCUCUUGAGGAUGUCAUUAGUCAGGAUUUCCAUUCACUUGGCAUGCUCCGUGGUCAAGGAGAACUGGGAAAAGAGAAACACAGCAAGGCAGGGACAGAUGGUCAUUGGUGGUGGAUGAACAGCUAGGAAUGUCUUCCUCUCCUUCAAGAGAGCGCGCUUGAAAGAUGAAUAUCUGCAGUGUGCACUGGCAUCCAAUAACCAGAAGAGAGAUGAGGUCUCAAUAGCUUGUUCUCAACAAAGGCAUCACUUCCUCCUUCGGCCAUCUUUACGGCCAUGAAAAAAUAAAAACACCAGCACAGAAGGAAACACUAAGGGAUGCAGAAAUUGUUUAAUGAGUCUGGGGAGAUAAAUGAUGUCAAUUCAAGCAGAGGCCCUUUGUGCAGCAUGCUGCAGGAGCAGACAAGAAUCUGUUCUCAUUUCCUAUGGCAGGGCUGCCACAGAGCCCUGUCUCCCAGACCAGUGUUGUAGAGCAGCAAGCAGAUCACUAAGGGAUCAUUCUGGGGGAUAUUAACAGGGAUCUCAAAAGGGAGAAGACAAUAAUGAUAUGAGAUAGGAAGAGUGAGUGAAAGAGAGUAUCAGUAGACUUUCUCCAUGUUGACAGAGACUACAGGCUGGCCUGUAACUGUCUGUCUUGCAGGGCAAAUAGAGCACCACAACAUUUGUUCUUCUGUCCAGAGCCAUGUUCAGCAUUACU